CGCUAGUAAGAUAUCGGUGGGGUAGCAGCAAGUGGUCGGGAAUCGUAUUUGUGGAAAACCCACAAGGUUGUUUAUUGAUAUUAUUUAUAGAUAUUAUUAUCAUAAAUGUACGAUGGUGUUUAUAUUAUAUUUGUAUUAUAUUGUAUGUGUAAACGUGUAAUGUGUAAGGUGGUAAUUGUGCAAGUGAUUUUUUGUCCAUGCUGACACAGUGACAGCAUAUUGGCAUCAGUUUUGCUUGUUCCCAUUUUGUUUUUAUAAUGUCUUCAAUAGACUAUGAGGAUACUAAAUGUUUAUGCGGCAAAGAUAAAUUAAGUUCAAACAUAAAUGAUGUUAAUUGGCUUCGACACAUAAAGUCUUGUGAUGUAAGAAAGCGACGUCAUAAAAACUGUGAUAUCUCAACAUUUUUCACCAAGUUAUCCAAAAAAACUUGUAAAGAAGAAAUUGGUCCAAACUUAAACAUUGUGAGCACACUGAGCACAACGGAUGAUAAAUCUAAUACUGAUACAAAUGUAAUCGAUGAGCUAAACUAUGUGAAUGAAUGUAAUGUGAAAAAUACUCAGGUAACUAAAUACUCUGAUGAUGUUGAAAAUGCUAACAUGGUGAUAUAUGAAGAACCGAUUGUCCCUGCUACUUGCCUUCCAGUCCCAGUACUUCAAAAUGAUCCAGCUCUUUGGCCCAAAAGUUUAUCAUCUAAACUUAUUCAUCAUUUUUCAUUACAAGGCCCAUGCCAACCAUUACCAUCCGAAUUAAAAGACUGUACUUUUCCAAACACUAUUAUUAAUUCAAAAGGACAUGUUAGAUCAUUUCAUGAAUCUUAUUACAAAAAACUUGGAGAUGGAAAAUUUGCUAACCGUACUUGGAUAUCAUACUCAAUAUCUCUAAAUAGAUAUUAUUGCUAUACUUGUAAACUUUUUGGUUUACCUAGAGCAAAACAAAAUUAUUUAGCAAUACAUGGAUCAAAUGACUAUAAAAAUAUUAGUAGAAAUAUAACACAACACGAAGUAUCACCAGAACACAUACAGAGUGAAAUUGCCCGUGGAUUAUAUAUGAACCAUAAGCGCAUUGAUAUAAACCUCUUGGAAUCCAAAAAUCGACAAGUUGCUGAAAAACCGUGA